GCGGCUCGGGGUUCCGUGGUCCCGGCGGGUGCCCCCGGCGCCCGGCCAGGCGGUCGGGGUCCGGGUCCGGGUUCGGGUUUCCCUUCCCGUUCCCCCGCGCCCGGGCUGCCCUGCCCUGCCCGCUACCGGGCUGUGAUGUGUGUGCCCAGCUCGGCGGGAGGCGGGGAGAGCCCGGGAGUUAGUCAGCGGCGAGGAGGAGGAGGAGGAGGAGGAGGAGGAGGAAGGGCAGGAGGCAGAGCCAUGGAGAGCGGCGCUGCGCGGCGGCGGGAGGGGCGGGCUGUCUGACCGAGGGCGAAGCGCGAGGAUCACGGCCCGGCAGCCCGGGCGGCAGCGGCGGGGCCGGGGAUGAAGGUGCCGGGCAGCCCCCCGCCGCCAGCCGCCGGGCGGUGACGGGGCGGGGGCCCGGGGGGGGUGGGGGGGGCGCCGCUCGCUGCCCUCCUCGGGAGGGAGGGGACUCCGGCCGGGGCUGCCGGCGCCCGGGGCCGCGGUGACUCAGAGCCGGCGCGGCCGGGGGUGAGCCGAGGUCUGUUGUUGUAGGAUUUUUUUCCCCGGCAGGUUAUAAAUAGCCCCGCGCGGCGCCGUGUCACGGAAGGACACCCUGGCCGGGCGCGGGGAGAGGCCGCCGGUGCUCAGCCUCCCCCGGCCGGCCGCCGCCUGCCUGCCCACCGGCGGGCCCGGCUGCUAGCGGCGGGGCCGGGCGAGCCCCCGGCGGCGCGGCAGGCCUCCGGCUUAUUGUUUUUACACGCGAGAAAUAAUUCCUAUCGCUAGCUGGAAGCAGCGGCAGCCAGUCUUCGCGGGGAGAGCAGCAGAUUACUUCGGCUCCUUUCAGACCUCUGAGGAGACAGAGAAAAUGAAGCCGGAACGAGGGUGACACACGGCUCCUUCAGCUCCCCAAACCAAGCAUGUUGGAUGCGGCUUCACGUUAUGGUGGCAGUGACUGUGAAGCUAGCCUAGAUACUUUGGAUGAAUAUUUUGAGUAUGAAGCUGAGGAGUUCCUGGUCUCCUUGGCCUUGUUGAUCACGGAAGGUCGAACGCCCGAGUAUUCGAUCAAGGGCAGAACAGAGGGCUUUCAUUGCCCACCGGCACAAUCAAGUCAGCCGCCAACAACUAAGCAUGAAUGCAGUGACAAACUGGCUCAGUGUCGUCAAGCCAGGCGAACCAGAUCUGAGGUUAUGCUACUGUGGAAGAACAAUAUUCCAAUCAUGGUAGAAGUGAUGCUACUUCCAGACUGUUGCUAUAGUGAUGAAGGGCCCACCUCUGAGGGGAAUGAUUUAAAUGAUCCUGCAAUCAAACAAGAUGCAUUGCUGUUAGAAAGGUGGAUUUUGGAGCCAGUUCCUCGCCAGAGUGGAGAUCGAUUUAUUGAAGAGAAGACCCUUUUAUUGGCUGUUCGCUCUUUUGUUUUCUUCUCUCAGCUAAGUGCGUGGCUGAGUGUUUCACAUGGUGCUGUUCCCCGAAACAUUCUGUACAGGGUGAGCGCUGCAGAUGUGGACUUGCAAUGGACAUUCUCCCAGACACCAACUGAGCAUGUCUUUCCUGUUCCUAAUGUUUCUCACAAUGUGGCCUUGAGAGUCAGUGUCCAGUCCUUGCCCAGACAAUCAAACUACCCAGUUUUGACCUGUAGUAUUCACACCAACCUUAGCUUUUACGAAAAGCGAAUGCAAGACCGUAAGUUACUUCAGCACAGCGAUUCCAGUGCGGCACAGCAAUGCAGCACCUCCAGUUCACAGCGCUUCUGUGGGAAACAGACAUGGACAAUGACACCUGAAGGCCUGCUUAAUGGAAAAAAGACGCCUGAAUUUACUACAUCUAUCAGAAAUUUAAAACUUUAUCCAUCCACCGGACUUGGAUCUGACUUUGGGGCAUCACAGUCUAAAGUUCAGUGCUAUAAUGCUACAGCAGACAGUAAGACACAAUCUCACGAAAAGCCUGUCAGAACUUUUAAAUCCUUUUCACUAGUUGAUUCCCGUGUUUCAAAUAGUCAUUGCUCCCAUCAGCCCACAGGAGAAACCAAUCCUUUGAUAGGCUCUUUACUUCAAGAGCGACAAGAAGUCAUCGCAAGGAUUGCUCAGCACUUGAUUCACUGUGAUCCAGCUACUUCACCAGUUGUUGCUGGACGUCCAUUCAACAUACAUGAAAACAGCUCGGUUACACCAAAAGCUUUUCGGAGUAGUUAUGAAGAGGAAAACUUACCAAGGAAAGGCAAGGAAACCUCCCCUGUUUCUGUUGCCAACCUAGACAAUGCAAUACAAGAAGAUGGUGGCGAAGGCAAAACUAGAGCAAUACCAGAGAUCACACUGCUUGACACCCGUGUUCCAGUGAACCACUGUGGCCGUCAGUCGGCAGGAGAGUGCAAUCCCCUGAUCGAUUCUCUGCUCCAAGAGCGGCAGGAGGUGAUAGCGAGGAUUGCCCAACACCUGAUUCAUUGUGAUCCAGCCACUUCUCAUGUUACUGGACGUCCAUUCAAAGCACAUGAGACUAGCCCAGUUACUUCAAAAAUUUUCCGAAGUACAUAUGAAGAUGAAAAUUUGCUGAAGAAAUGCAAGGAACCGUCUCCUGUUCCUUUUGCUAAAUCUGAUUUUUCUUUGUUAGAAGAGAGCAGUAAAUCAAAGACGAAGACACCUGAUACUCCUAUCAGUCCUUCUAGGUUUGAUGGAGAAUUGAAAGCUUCUCUGAAACUCCAGGCAAGAAGAAAAUUGGUUUUAGCAAAACCCAGUGAAGCUGUCCGAAAUGCAUUUCACCAGACUUCAAAUAAAACUUCUCAUGCAUUUACUAACAUUCACACAUCAUCAUCAUGUAUUAAAGAAAACAAAUCUGAAUCACCAGAUAAAUUUGAAACGAUACAUUUUGGUUAUGCACAGAAAGACCAGAUAACCAACAGAAUUAAACAGUGUUCAAAUUUCAGCAGCAUUGAUGAACAGAUUUGCACAAAUAAACUUAAAGAAAGAACAGUUGUUAGUGAGAACAAUGGCAUGGACAGUUUUAACAAUUUACAGAUAGAUAAAUGCAGAAUACUUGAAGGUACAAAAAAAGCAACUGUGAUGCAGGUAUCUGACUCUUUGCACAAAAAUGAGCUCAAGUGUUUAGAUAAAGACUCAAAAAAACCAAAUAUUUAUGAGCAAAAUACUCAGCUUAUUAGUAUUGAAAAUUAUUUAAAUAAAGACCAUGACAGUUUCAAAAACAAAACCAAACAGGAUAAAAUGAAAACUGCACAUGAUGAGAAUGAAGACCCAAUAGGCCUUGAUUUCCAAAGCACUUGUCAGAAGAAACCUACAGAAGAUGGCAUAGUUAAGUGUGAGCGGCUGAAGAACCCAGAUGUACAGAAAGCACCAUCUCUAAAAAACACAAAUAUAUGGCGGAAACAUAAUUUUCGAUCCUUGGACGGAACUUCAACCAAGGCUUUUCAUCCCAGAACUGGAUUGCCUCUGCUUUCAAGUCCUGUUCCUCAAAGAAAAACACAGUCUGGAUGCUUUGAUCUGGAUUCAUCACUGCUGCAGUUGAAAUGUCUGUCUGCAAGAAGCCCACAACAAUGUAUAAACAGAGACAGUGAUCCAGAGAGCCAUGGGAAACCAUUUCUAAGUUCUAGUGCUCCACCACUAACAAGUCUUAGCCUUCUGGGAAACUUUGAGGAAUCUGUCCUGAAUUUUCGCUUAGACCCGCUUGGUGUCGUGGAGGGUUUCACAGCAGAAGUGGGAGCAAGUGGAGUCUUUUGUCCCACGCACAUGACUCUGCCAGUUGAAGUGUCAUUCUACAGUGUUUCAGAUGAUAAUGCACCAUCUCCUUACAUGGGUGUAAUUACUUUAGAGUCCCUUGGUAAAAGGGGUUAUCGGGUACCGCCUUCAGGAACAAUACAAGUGACCUUAUUUAACCCUAACAAAACUGUGGUGAAGAUGUUUGUGGUGAUCUAUGACUUGAGAGAAAUGCCAGCUAAUCAUCAAACAUUCCUACGGCAAAGAACUUUUUCUGUUCCUGUGAGACGAGAAGUCAAGAGAACUGUCAAUAGAGAAAAUAAUCAACAGACUGAAGAAAGGCUACUACGCUACCUCAUACAUCUGAGGUUCCAGAGUUCCAAAUCUGGAAAGAUCUACCUCCACAGAGAUGUAAGGCUCCUAUUCUCUCGGAAAUCCAUGGAAGUUGAUAGUGGCGCUGCAUAUGAACUAAAAUCUUACACUGAAUCUCCAACAAAUCCUCAGUUUUCACCAAGAUGCUAGCAAACAAUGGAAAAGUAUUUGUUUUGCUGUUGAUUACUCCUUACAAGCGAAGAUUGGUAGAGAUGACAGUAUAAAGUUAAGUCUGUAAAGGAAUGAAAAUAGCGCUCAAGAGAGAAGGUUCUUAUGUGAUCCUGGACCAGUUUUUAAAAGGUUUCUGGAAUGAGCUUUGUGUAUUCCAAGUAGACUGGAAACAUACUUAAAUAUAAUCUUUUUGUACUGUUUAAAACCACUUCGUUGGAUGUGUUGCAAUAGCAAAUUCCCAAGUUAGUUUAGUGUUUACACUUUUUAUUUUAUUUUUCAGUUAUUUAAUAUUUAAUGUUUCAUUUAAUACUCAAGUGAUGUUUGUCUUUAGUGUUCUAAUGUAGCAUAAAUCCUAUGUAAAAUCAUACUAUGUAUUUUUGGCAUUAAUAUUGAAAUCUGAAAUAUAUACAGAUGUCUUUAAUCUGUGUGAUGUUUUAAGUGAUAUUCAUUUAAUUUAUUGAAAAUGGGGACAACAGGUGAAUUUCCAUAACAUUUCAUACUAUGCAAGCAUUUAGUUUUUUUCUCUUUAAUGGUGCCCUUCUUUUUUUUUUUUUUUCCUCAUAUACAGAUUUAGUAAUACUUGCAACCAUAGUGCAAAUUGUUUAUUUACCUACUCAUGCAUUCAGAUCAUUGCUUCAAUUCAUAUUUUGCUCCCACAAGUUCUUUUCUUAAGGGCCACUUUUAUUUUGCUUUUUUAAUAGUUUUCCUCACAUAAAACAAGCGCCCUUCCCCAUUUGAUUACUCAGAUUGUGUUAAAGGAUGUAUUGUGCAAACAAAUUAGUAUUUAUAUCUUAAAUAUAUGCAAAAGCUAUGAAACUUGUACUUUUUGUUUUAUUUUUAGAUAAGGAGGAUCUUCAUGUAAUCCUAAAUAUUUUUAAUAGGUCAACUCCACUUAGGCCACUAGGUGGCCAUAGGAAGUUUUACUAGAAAUGCUACAUUGGGCAUAUAAAUAUUUUCCAAUAUGUAUGUGUAUUCCUAAAACAAAACACAGUCAGAUAAACAGUUUAUGCUAAGUGUUGAACUGUGUAACUGAGAAAUAAAGCUAGAAACAUUUGAUUAUA